UGUGUGUUGAAGUCUUGUUUUAUACAUGUUCCCGUGCGCGGGUCGGGGGCUCGGAAGCUAGCCCAUAGCUAGCUAUCAAUUUACAACAAAAUGCCCAUCUUCUCGCCCUUCGAGAGGAUGCCCCGGGAGUCGCAUUCAUGUAAACGUAAAACGGUGCAGCUAAUGGCGCAACUAAGGACAUCGCGGGGGGAUUUCCACUCAUUUUAAUGACGCCUAAGUCCCAUUUUCUGGCCCCUGGAGCCGCAGCAUUGGAACAAGAGAGAGCCAACCCACACCAGGCUGCUGUUACCCCUGGAAUAAUCAGCAGACUUGACCGAUUUGGCAGCUAAAUCUGAUGUUACAAUACUGCAAAAGCAAAUGCACAGUCUCUCCAUGUUUUUGAUACCUCUCAAAGGGCAGGGUUAAAGUGAUCCGGUCUUUACACGGCGAAGCCUUCUUUCACCAAGCAACCCUUCCAGCUUUUCAGUGCCACUUGCAGACAUGGAUUGGGCCACACCUGCUGCCAAACUCAAUCCCUACUCCCGAGCCCGCAUGACCGAGGCCUGGCAGCAGCACGCCGUCGCUCCACCUCCAGUGGUCCACACCAUCCCUCCGGGAGCUGAGAAUGCACUGGGUUGUGCUGUGUACGGUAUCGUGCUGCAGCCAGAUGCAACGUCUCUACAGCAGCAGCAGCAGACCCAACACGGACAGCACAACCAGCACGGCCAGCAGCACGGAGGAGGGCAGCUCAGUCAGCAGCAGCAGCAGCAGCAGCAGCAGCAGCAGCAGCAGCAACACCCUGCACAGACCCAGCAGACGUCGCUGCAGGUUGGGACAGAGGGAGGACACAAGUGUGGGGCCUGCGGACACGAUAUCUCCCACCUGGCAAACCCACACGAACAUCAGUGUAUGGUGACUCAGGACAGGUCAUUCCAGUGCACACAGUGCAUGAAGAUUUUCCAUCAGGCAACAGACUUGCUGGAGCACCAGUGUGUCCAGGUGGAGCAGAAGCCGUUUGUGUGCGGCGUCUGCAAGAUGGGCUUCUCCCUGCUCACCUCUCUGGCCCAGCACCACACGUCGCACAACAGCACCAACCCAAUGAAGUGUUCGAUAUGCGAGAAAACCUACCGACCCGGUUCCUCUGGCAGCGUCACGCCCAACUCCUCAAACAACUCCCAGCAGCCGAGCAGCGACGGCACGUCGGCCAGCAGCAGCUCGUCCAUCCUGCCUUUCCCCUCGGCCCGGGACCGGCCGUACAAAUGCUCCGUUUGCCAGAAAGGCUUCAAACACCUGUCGGAACUCACGCGGCACGAGAGGGUGCACACGGGAGAGAAACCCUUCAAAUGUGACACGUGUGACAAGGCCUUCAGCCAGUCGUCGCACCUGCAGCACCACCAGCGAACGCACAGCAACGAGCGGCCGUUCAAGUGCGCCGUUUGCGAGAAGAGCUUCAAGCACCGCUCGCACCUCGUGCGUCACAUGUACGUGCACUCCGGGGAGCACUUGUUCAAAUGUAAUUUAUGCGAGCUGCACUUCAAGGAGUCCUCCGAGCUCCUCCACCACCCCUGUCACCCGCAGGGCUCUCGCCCGUUCCGCUGCGCCACCUGCGGUAAAGGUUUCAAGCGGCCGUCUGACCUCCGCCAGCACGAGCGCACACACUCGGAGGAGCGUCCCUUCCACUGUGACGAGUGUCAGAUGAGUUUCAAGCAGCAGUACGCGCUGGUGCGCCACCGACGGACGCACAAAGACCCGACGGACCGGCCGUUCAAAUGCAACCUGUGCGACAAGGGCUUCAUGCAGCCCUCUCACCUCCUCUACCACCAGCAUGUCCACGGCAUGGACAACCUCUUCAAGUGCGCCUCGUGCCAGAAGGAGUUCAGCCAGUCGGGGGAGCUGCUCAGACACAAGUGCGGCGAGUCGUCCAACACGUCGCCGGACAAGCCGUACAAAUGCGACGUCUGCGGCAAGGGCUACAAGAAGAGCUCCACGCUGCAGCGUCACCAGAACUCCCACUGCCAAGAGAAGCCCCUCAAGUGCUCGCUGUGCGACCGCCGCUUCCUGUCCUCGUCAGAAUUCGUGCAGCACCGCUGCGACCCGUCGCGGGAAAAGCCCCUGAAGUGCCCGGACUGCGAGAAACGCUUCAAGUACUCGUCGGACCUGAACCGACACCGGCGAGUGCACACGGGCGAGAAACCGUACAAAUGUGGCCACUGCAACAAGGGCUUCAAACAGCGCGAGCACUUGACCAAACACCAGAGCACGCACUCCAGGGAGGGCCAGUUCAAGUGCGUCUGGUGCGGAGAGCGCUUCAGUGACUUGGGCUCUUUGCAGGAUCACACGGUGCAGCACACGGCUGAAGGGGGCUACCCCGUCCCCCAGUGCUUAUGAACCCUUGACUCUUACUCCCUCAUGUCUGGCUUUUUUUUAUUCAGCCUAACAUCAGUCACAUUUUCAGGAUAAUCCUGGGGUAAUUAUUACUGCAUUUAUUCCCUAGCAGUGCUGCGUCAGGUUUUUGUUGCUCUGCUAAGCGGUUACUCGUAGUCUGUCAUUCCCUGAAACACUGAGGAGGAUGUUCGGUUUUCUGUCAUGUCUUCAAUUCCUUCUUUUCUCAUCACUUAACUGUCAUCAUUCAUGUUUACUAGUACGCACACAAACAGGUGCCAUAAAAGCAAACUAAACCUCCACCUUAAAGGGGUCCUUCUUCUUUCUUUAAUUUCCUCCUUUUCCUGUCUCAGCCUUUUUUAGUUUGGGUGCCCCAUGAUCUGGGCCUGAAACUUUUAAAACAGAGCUGAUAAUGUAGCAUCCAACAUCUACUCCUGAAAUGUUCUGGUCAUCCAACGCUGUCAUAAACUCCCUGGAAGAUCUUUUUUCCUUGAAACUGUCCCCAGGAAACUUUGCUUUUAAGCGCUGUGUUCAGUCUUUCUUCUUCUUCAACCUUCUUUUCAUCUUCUUCAUCCCUUUUCCUCUUCUUCUCCUCCUCCUUCUUCUUUUUCUUCUCCCAGGAUUAGCAUCUGCUGUGACGUUAGCCAACCACCAGAAGUAAGCUCUGACCCUACGGGGAGGUGGUUUUGAUUUAUGUCAGACCUUUAAGUUUGGCUUAAGUCUGAUCCGCUCAUUUUAAAAACGGCUGAAUUGUCUUCUUUUCAAACCCCUCUUCUUCCUUUUUUUUCUUAUUUUUCUUUAAAAACAGAUGAAGGAUGACCCGCUGAGAAGAACACCUUAAACAUUUCAUUUGACUCCACCAUUUUUAUUUUUAUUUUUUUUGUAUUAUUUAAGAUGUCGCCAGUAAACUCCUCAGUUCAUGUGAACCAGUUUAGAGGGACUCUGGGAAUGUAUUUGUCCAAAAUGCCAGUAAUCUCACCCUCCAGUGUAGAGACGUGUAUAAAUGUACUUGUCCUAUUCCUGUACAUACUAUGGAUGUGUGGGUGGUGUACCGGAUAUGAACUUGUGUCUUUCUUACAACAACAACAACAAAAAAAAAAAAGGAAAAUCUGUACUGAAGAACUGUUUUUGUAUUCUUGAUACUUUUUACUGUGUGAAAUGUUUUGAUGAAAAAUGCUCUGUUUUUUUUUUGUUUUUGUUGUUGUUGUGUUUUUUGUUGUAGUCCGUGUGUUGACUGUGCCAGGAAGUCUCAAAGAUAAAAACCUGUGAAGAGAGUUUCAAACAGA